UUCGUCUUCUCAAAACUAUCUCUCUCCGUGUUCAUCUCGCGUUGCAUUAUAGUCAAGGCGAGGCGAGAAAACUCGAAGAGAAUAGACUAGAGAAUAGAAUUAGAAUUUCACGCAUUGAAGAAGAAGAAGAAGAAGAAAAAGAAAAAGGAAAAGAAAAAUACCCAGAGAGAUAGAUAAAGAGAAAAGUGAGAAUACAGAGAAAGCAAAAAGCCCAAGCUACCCCUUUGAUCGGUUUCGGAGAAAGGGGGAACUUGGUUUCUUUUGUGAAUCGUCUUCUGGCUUCUCUCUAUCAUUUUUAUCUUUCUGGGCUUCACUUUUUUGUCUUAAUCAAAUCCUCUUCUCUCUGUGUUCUUUUGAAUAAUACUCAUUUAUUCGUGGUGGGAAUAUAAACAAAAGAAGGAAAGAAAGAAAGAAAGAAUAGAAUAUUGAAGUGGUGCUCACAACAUCGUAAUCAUCAUUAACAACGCCAGAGGAAACAAAAAAGCUACAUAGCAAGUACAAGGAUGAAAAUGUCGCUUUACAUUGGUCGCGAGGCUUCCAAGCUAUGGAAGAGAGCUUCUGCGGAGGCAGUUACAGAGGGAAUCCUCCUUGCCGAUAAUUGGAAGUACCUUCUCGCUGGUAUUUUCUGUCAGUACCUUCAUGGUUUGGCUGCACAUGGAGUUCAUUAUUUACAUAGACCCGGUCCUACAUUACAGGAUACUGGAUUCUUCCUUCUUCCGGAACUUGGCCUCGAGAGAGCUUAUGUUAGUGAAACGUUGUUUACCUUUAUCUUCGUAUCUUUUAUCUUGUGGACAUUUCACCCAUUCAUAUUCAAGAACAAAAAGAUCUACACAGUUCUACUAUGGUGCAGGGUUCUAGCUUACUUAGUUGUUUGUCAAGCUCUUCGCGUAGUGACAUUUUACUCUACACAGCUUCCUGGUCCAAAUUACCAUUGCCGCGAGGGAUCUCCUUCUGCUAGGCUACCUCCUCCAAAAGAUGCAAUAGAAAUCAUAACAAUUAAUUUUCCUGAUGGUUUGGUACAUGGCUGUGGAGACUUGAUAUUUUCAUCACACAUGAUCUUCACUCUUGUCUCGGUUAUCACAUAUUACAGAUAUGGCACAAACAGGUUUAUUAAGCAGCUAGCGUGGGUUCUUGCGGUAAUCCAGAGUCUUUUGAUCAUUGCAUCGCGCAAACAUUACUCGGUCGAUGUAGUUGUUGCCUGGUACACGGUUAAUUUGGUUGUAUUUUUUGUUGAGAAGAAAUUGCCAGAAUUGCCAGAUAGAAUGGCCAUGACCAUGCUACCAUUGAGCACCAAAGACAAAGAUAGCUGGUCAAAAGAAGAGAGCCACAAGUUGAGCAUGAGUGCUCUAGUAGACCCUUCAUCAGAUAGGAAUCAGAGGCUUAGAUCUCCGGCAAACGGCAAGACCACCAUGGAAGACGGCAAUGCACUCCUCAUUGCUGAUUCUCAAUGACCAAAGAGGUUGAUCGUUGUUGGAAAAGCCACAACGUUCGGUUAGAUUUUUGGUUAAAAUUUGUGGAGUUGUUAAGUAGAGCCUUGGUUUUGUGUAAGCUUUUUCAUUGUAAUUAGAAUGCGUUUAAUUUGUUGCCAUGUUGAAGCCCCCGAUUCAUUCAUUUCUUUUAUGAAAUUUGUAAAGCUUCAACAGGGGCCACAGAAAUUUUUUCUUGUCCA